UCCCAAGUCUCCCAUCACGUAACUAAUCACAACCUUCUGUUUGAGUUUGACGGAAACUCCUUGACAUUAUGUUAAACAUUAACCAGACAACUCCCCCUUUCUGCCCUUUCACCGGACUGCGUGUCAGAGCUUUGACAGGAAAAAUACCAACUGUAAAGACUUGGAACAAAACAUCAGCAAAGUCAACGCGAACUAUAGAAGGUAGAAAGAACAUCAUGGGUAAACCAUCGUGGACGGAGCGAGUUGUAGGCGCUCUUCGGGUGAGGAGGUUCGUAUUCCGGGCGGCGCUGGCUGAACUACUCGGCACAUUUCUGCUGGUGACGAUGGGAAACGGAUCCGUGGCGCAGGUCGUGCUGAGUCGGGAGGACAAAGGAACGUUUUUAUCCAUUAACUGGGGGUACGGCAUCGGGGUAGUCAUCGGAGUCUACGCCUCCUGGGGUGUCUCAGGAGCCCAUCUAAACCCUGCGGUAUCCUUAACCAUGGCAGUCCUGGGGAAGCUGCGCUGGGUCUAUCUGCCUUGUUACGUCUUGGCGCAGAUGUUAGGGGCCUUCUUGUCAGCAGUUUGUGUGUACAUAGUGUACUAUGAUGCAUUAGCAAACUUUGACGGCGGGACCCGGGCAGUUUUAGGUGUGAACGGGACCGGAGGAAUCUUCAGUACGUACCCGCAAGACUACCUGUCUAUUGGCAGUGGAGUCCUGGACCAGGUGGUGGGCACUGGCCUGUUACUCUGCGGUGUUCUGGCCCUGACUGACUCCAGGAACAACAAGGUAACGGCGGGGAUGGAGCCGCUGCUUGUCGGCCUGCUGGUGCUCGCUAUCGGCACGUCCUUCGGGUUUAACUGCGGCUACGCCAUCAACCCAGCCCGAGACCUGGGCCCGAGAAUCUUCACGGCAAUGGCAGGUUGGGGCAUAGAAGUCUUCAGGGCGGGAAAUCAUUGGUGGUGGGUGCCGAUAGUCGGACCGUUGAUCGGCGGGCUGGUUGGAGGUCUGGUCUACACGCUUAUGGUGGCGCUGCAUCAUCCGGAGGAAGAGGAUGACGAGCCAGUACACGGAUCACCGGAGCUGCAGGACGUAAAGGUUCCAGAAGGUGGCGUUGCUAACGCUGCUAUGGAAGACUUACCAAGCAACACUAUCGUGUAGUGACACACCUGUGCGCAAAAGUUAAGACAGCAAGUAUACACGUCCAUGCAAACCUUGCCUUGAGCUGUUGAGAUUCGAAAGCACACUUAAACAGGGGGCUAGUCAUUUUAACCUACAGAUAUAAGCAAAACAGACUUUUGUCGUGUAUCUGAAUGGAGUUUUAAGUUUUGGUUUUACUAUUAUCAAUGUCUUUGUAGAUACCAUACAGCCAUUCUAACAUAGAGCCUAGUAUCUAAGUUAUGUUAACAUGUAUAGUCAUAUGAUAGCUAGGAAGUAUAUUCAUUCUAACUAAGCCAAAUGAUUUUGUCCUUACAUAAUUUUUUAAUA